GGAUGCUUCGACUGACGUCAGUCGGGGGAAGGGCUGGCUGCUCAAGAAAACUAGCGGCGCAGGGUUUGGGUAUUGUCGGGCUUACUGCAGCGUCAACCUGGUUAUCUUAAUCUUUUCGAUCAAAACAAACAGUGAUUUAUCGACAACGCUUCAGACCUAUCCUGUGUCUUGUGUCUCCCAGGCCUGAGCCUCAAGGUGGGGCAGAGUGAGGUGGGUGGUGGGGAAGGAAGGCCUAGCCCCCAUCCUUGCAAGAGGCCAGCCCCAGCUUCCGCUCCAGUAUCCCCUAGCCUAAGCCCCUCCAGGACUGAGAAGGGACCAUGAGCACAGGCAAGCCCAGCGGAAUCAAGCCCCCCAGUAAGAUAAGCAGGCCAACUGGGUUACCAACACGCACCUCCCCUUCCUCUGCUGCUUCCAAGCCUGUACCCCCUGAGAAGUCUCCCACCCAGGAUGGAGCAGUGGACUACCGGGUGGGGGAGAAGGUGUGGGUCAACGGCAACAAGCCAGGAUAUGUCCACUUCCUGGGGGAUACACAGUUUGCCCCGGGCCAGUGGGUCGGCAUCGUCCUGGAUGAGGCUAUCGGGAAGAACGACGGGUCGGUGGCAGGUGUCCAGUAUUUCCAGUGUGAGGACGGCAGAGGGAUAUUCACACGGCCCUCCAAGCUGACCAAGACAGCUAUGCCGGAGAGGGAGGCCAAUGGUGGGCAGCCUAACCCUGGCGAGACAGGGGCCAAGUCCCCUAGCUCUGCUGCUGCUGGGGCUGCUACUACCACUGGUAACAGCACCAAGACAUCGCUGAGUAGAACCGUGACCGGCAAUGGGUCAAUGUCCAACCUCUCUGAGACCGACUCAGCCAGGAAGACCAGAAGAGAACUAAGACUGGGAGACCGCGUGCUGGUGGGGGGUACUAAGGCAGGGGUGGUGAGGUUCAUGGGAGAGACAGAGUUUGCCAAGGCGGAGUGGUGUGGAGUGGAGCUGGACGAACCUCUUGGGAAGAAUGAUGGAGCCGUGGCUGGAACCAGGUAUUUCCAGUGCCUGCCGCGAUACGGUCUGUUUGCUCCAGUCCAUAAGGUGACUCGUAUCGGCUUCCCCAGCACCCUGGCUAAAGCCAAGGCUUCCUCUCGGAGACGCUCCACCAUGAAGAGGAGUCCCAGUGCCUCCUCCAUGAGCUCCCUGAGCUCUGUCACCUCCUCUGUUAGUGGGAAACCCAGCCGGGCUGGCCUGUUGACAGAGACCUCGUCACGGUAUGCUCGUAAGAUCUCUGGCACCACAGCGCUACAGGAAGCGCUGAAGGAGAAGCAGCAGCACAUCGAGCAGCUAUUGGCCGAGAGGGACAUGGAACGUGGGGAGGUCGCCAAAGCAACCAGCCAUGCUGGAGAGGUGCAGCAGGAACUGUCUCUGCUCAGGAAGGUUCAGGAGCAGAAUGCUAUGGAGAUGGAAGAUAAGCUGGACCAGCUGCGUAAACUGGUGGAGACAGCAGACAGAGACAAGGUGGAGCUGCUCAGCCAACUGGAGGAGGAGAAGAGGAAAGUGGAAGACCUGCAGUUCACUGUGGAAGAGGCUUGCAUCACUAAAGGUGACCUAGAGACGCAGACCAAACUGGAGCAUGCCCAUAUUAAGGAGCUUGAGCAGAGCCUUCUGUUUGAAAAGACCAAAGCUGACAAACUGCAGAGGGAUUUAGAGGACACUAGGGUGGCAACAGUGUCUGAGCAGUCCAGGAUUAUGGAGCUGGAGAGAGAAGUAGCGGCGCUGCAGUCGAGACUACGCUCCUCCCAGCAGACAGGGGGCGCUGUGUCGCUGUCACCAGAGGCGCUCAGCAACCUUAAGGCACGGGCCCAGUCCCAGGAAAAGAAGAUCAGUGAACUGAAUGUGAAUCUGGACAGCAGGCAGAAACAGCUAUGCUCUGUAGAAGAGGACAAGAGCUCCCUGGAACAGCAGCUAACCAGCCUGAGACAGAAACUGGACGUAGCAGAGGAAAAGAACAAGAGGACGGCACAAACCAUGCAAGAGCUGGAGAAGAGAGGAGAGCAGACGGAAAAAGAGAGGGAGGCACAGAGAGAAGAGAACCAAGGCAAAGAGAAAGAGCUUCAGGAUAGACUGACGCAGGCUGCUGAGUCAUCAGAGAGAACCGCCCACUCACUGGAGCAGCUGAUCAUUGAGAAGACAGCGCUAGAGGCUCAGCUCGAGGCAUUGAAACAGCAGAAUUCCAAAUUCCAGGAAGAACUCAGUCUCUCGCAGGUGCGAGGCAGCUCAGAAAGCCAGCACAUCGGAACUCUGUGCAAGGAAAUUGAGGUACUGAAGCUGGCCAGUCUGACGUCUCAGAACCAGCCAGACAUGAAAGACAGGGAAACUCUGUCCAACCAGGAGACAGAUGAAGACAAGGAGCUGGAGACUCUGAGGGAUGAGAUCGCGGUGCUGCGAGGUGAGAACGCCAUGGCCAAGACGCUGCAGUCUGCCGUGGAGACGCUGGAGAGAGACAAGGCCCAGCUACAGGAACGCGUCACCAGCCUGGAGCAGAGGCUAUUGGGACGGCAGGCCUCCGAGGGAGGGGACAGUGGAGUGCCUUCCUCAGGUGACACAGCUCUGGACCAGUUGAGAGAAGAGAAGGAGUUUGCAGAGGGACAGAUUAACUUCCUGAACAGUGUGAUCGUGGACCUACAGAGGAAGAAUGAGGAGUUGAAGGUCAAGCUGAAGAAGAUGGCUCUGGCGGAGUUCAAUGGCAAUGACGGCACUGAUGGUUUGGAGGAGGGUGGAUCUAAGGACAAGAAGGCUCCUCCUCGUCUGUUCUGUGAUAUCUGUGACUGUUUUGACCUGCAUGACACUGAGGACUGUCCAACCCAGGCCCAGAGCCCUGACUCAGUCCCCCACUCUUCCUUCAAGGGCAAACCUGCCGACCAGCGGCCGUAUUGCGACAUCUGUGAGGCCUUCGGUCACUCCAUAGAGUCCUGCCAGGAAGACCAGACCUUCUAGACACUCAUCUUCUCACCCCAAUCAUGCCAGGCCUAGCUUUAGGACCCUUCACAGACCGCCAACACACACCAGACUACUUUCUCUGGGUUUUUAAUAACAUAGUAUUUAUGUCAUAGUCCACUCACAUAACCCCAAAUCACCCGCUACAAAAGACUCCCCUACUAUUUCUAAUACUUCCUCUCUCUAACUCUCCUCCCUCUCUCUAACUCUCCUAGCUCUCUCUAACUCUCCUCUCCUCCCUCUAACUCUCCCUCCAACUCUCCUCCUUCUCUCCAACUCUUCUCCAACUCUCCUCCCUCUCUCUAACUCUCCUAGCCCUCUCUAACUCUCCUAGCCCUCUCUAACUCUCCUCCCUCUCUAACUCUCCUCCCUUUCAAACUCUCCUCCUUCUCUCCAACAACUCUCCUAGCUCUCCAACUCUCCUCUCCUCCCUCUAACUCUCCCUCCUUCUCUCCAACUCUUCUCCAACUCUUCUCCAACUCUUCUCCCUCUCUCUAACUCUCCUAGCCCUCUCUAACUCUCCUAGCCCUCUCUAACUCUCCUCCCUCUCUAACUCUCCUCCCUUUCAAACUCUCCUCCUUCUCUCCAACAACUCUCCUAGCUCUCUCUAACUCUCCUCUCCUCCCUCUAACUCUCCCUCCAACUCUCCUCUCUCUCUCCCUCUCUCUCUCUCUCUCUCAUCCCUCCCUCUCAAACUCUCCUCCCUCUCAAACUCUCCUCCCUCUCAAACUCUCCUCCUUCUCUCCAACUCUCCAACUCUCCCUCUCUCUCCAACUCUCAAACUCUCCCUCUCUCUCCAACUCUCCUAACUCUCUCUAACUCUCCCUCUCUCUCCAACUCUCCUAGCUCUCUCUAACUCUCCCUCUAACUCUUCUCCCUUUCUCUCUCUCCUCCCUCUCUCCAUAACUCUCCUCCCUCUCUCCCUAAAUAUACUCCCUCUCUCUCUAACUCUCCUAGCUCUCUCCAACUCUUCUCCCUUUCUCUAACUCUCCUCCCUCUCUCUCUCUCUCCUCCCUCUCUCUAACUCUCCAACUCUCCUCCCUCUCGAACUAUCCUUCCCUCCCUCGAACUCAUCUCCAUCUCUCUAACUCUCCUCCCUCUCUAACUCUCCAACUAUCCUUCCCUCCCUCGAACUCAUCUCCAUCUCUCUAACUCUCCAACUAUCCUUCCCUCUCUCUAACUCAUCUCCAUCUCUCUAACUCUCCUCCCUCUCUAACUCUCCAACUAUCCUUCCCUCCCUCUAACUCAUCUCCAUCUCUCUAACUCUCAUCCCUCUCUAACUCUCCUUCCUUGCUUUAACUCUCCUCUUAUCCCUCUCCUCUCUCUAACUCCUUCUCCUACGUCCAGAGAUAUACUGCUGUGGUGCAAGAUCAAUUUUAGGAUUGAAACAAAAGGAAUCAGUUUUCUGUUAUUAGUCAUAAAUGAAUCCGCCUUCUGUGAUUUGUUCCUAAAGUAAUCAGUAUUUUGUUUUUAGUUCAUAAAGGAAGCGGUCUUCUGUUAUUAGUUCAUGAAGGAAUCAGUAUUCUGUUAUUAGUUCAUGAAGGAAUCGGUAUUCUGUUAUUAUUUCAUAAAGGAAUCUAAGUCUUCUGUUAUUAGUUCAUUAUUUUAUGUAUUUGUUUGUUUGUUUUCAUAUAGAACAUGGGUUGGUUUUUGACUUCAGUUCCUACGGGAACUAAACUUCCUAUGUGUAACCGGGCAAGAGGGAGGGCAUUUGACGCAGACAUACGCAUGGUAAAUGGCCUGGAUGCACCAGACUGGUUCACUGCUAAUAGCACUAUUAAUGUUUCUCUUAACACAUUCCUGUCUUUCUCAUGUCACAUUCCCAGUCAGUGUACUGUAUCCAGGCCCAGACAAGGACCCUAGGGAUGUCCACUCCACAAAGGGAACAAGCUAGUACCACAGGACACAUCUACUUGUACUACUAGGUUGUGUUCAGUAGGCACCAAAUGGUAGAGAACGUUUUAGAACUGGAGAUAUUUUGGGAAAUUCUCAACAACAAAAAAAGCUCAUUUUCAGUUUAAAAAUGUUUUCUGUUUUCAUGUCCACUCAACAUGAACCUGGUGCUAGUUGCACAAGUUUGUUUACCAUCAUGAAUCUUGUUCUGGAGGCAGCUCUGCAGAGUGGUCACUAGCUGGCACAGCCACAAAGUCAUCAAAUCUGAUUUGAACCCUAACCUUAAUCACACUGCUAACCCUAAUGCCUAAUCCUAACCAUAAAUUAAGACCAAAAAGCACAUUUUUGUUUUCAUAAAUGUUCACAAUAUAGCUAAUUUUUACUUUUUAGCUGGCCUAUCUAAGGGGAAAUCUCUCCAGUACAAGACUCAUAACAAUUCAUGUCAACAAGAAGCCAGCCACUACUAAUUUACUGCACUACUCACUUUAAAACGCCCUCUUAGACUACACUUAGACUAUUUUUGUUUUAGAAUGGCAGUUUCUAACUUAUUGAUUUGAUAAUAAAUGUCAAGACAGAAUGGUACCUAGUAGUUACUUCACGUUUUAUGUAAUGCCUAUGUUUUUUAUGUAUUGUCUUUUAAAAACUAUCUGUAUAGAUAUACAUGUAUUAGAGCUAUGUACUGAAGCACACAGUUUGGAUCAUAUUGAAUCUCCCAGUGUAUCAAAGAUAUGUAUGCUAGAUCUAUGUGACUAACCAAUGACACCUGUCUUUGUAAAUACCCAUCAGACGUUUUCUGAAAGAACAAAAUGUGCACAAGGUGCCAUGGAAACAAAAGGAUAUUUAAUGCGUAUUUUAUUCUUCUGCUUUGUCUUGAUAGGAAACGGACCUGUAUGUUGUUGUAUGAUAAUGCCGUAUCGACUCCAGGGAACAAACUUAACACACUUAUAAAGAUGUUAUUAACUCGAUAAGCACAUUGUUGACGAUUUCUACUUUACUAAGUGACGUGUCUGAUUAGUGCACUGUUUUCUAUGUUACACUUAACAUCAUCUAUAAAUGGUUUGUAAAUAGUUAAACUUAUAAACCCUUUACAGAUGAGGACCCUUAAAAUGCUACUGUUUUUCUAUGUUCUGUAUGCACCUAAUGAUUCAAUACAACAAAUACUAUAAAAACAAAUACUCCA